GCACACUCUGGAACCUGUCAUCCUAUGAGCCCCUGAAGAUGGUCAUCAUUGACCAUGGCCUGCAGACACUGACCCAUGAGGUCAUAGUGCCCCACUCGGGCUGGGAGCGUGAGCCCAAUGAAGACUCCAAGCCACGGGAUGCUGAAUGGACGACUGUCUUCAAGAACACAUCUGGCUGCUUGAGGAACGUGAGUUCAGAUGGUGCCGAGGCCCGCCGGCGACUCCGGGAGUGUGAAGGGCUGGUGGAUGCGCUCCUGCAUGCCCUGCAGUCGGCAGUGGGCAGGAAGGACACGGACAACAAGUCAGUGGAGAACUGCGUGUGCAUCAUGCGGAACCUGUCCUACCACGUGCAUAAGGAGGUGCCUGGGGCUGACAGGUACCAAGAGGCUGAGCCCGGGCCCCCAGGCAGUGCCACAGGCUCCCAGCGCCGGAGGAGAGAUGAUGCAAGCUGCUUUGGUGGAAAGAAGGCCAAAGGGAAGAAGGAUGGUGAGGUGGACCAGAACUUUGACACGCUGGACCUGCCCAAGCGAACUGAGGCUGCGAAAGGUGAGUGGACAGAG